CGCGCACCGUUCCCAGCGGCAAGCAAAUUUAGGGCGACGCGGCAGCUGGAGCUCGUGCACGCCGACCUGUGUGGGCCGGUCACACCACCGACGGCUGGCGGCAAGAAGCUGUUCCUGCUCGUCGUCGACGACAUGAGCAGGCACGAGCGGAGGCGGAGGUCGGGCACAAGCUGGGGACGCUGCGCACUGAUCGGGGCGGCGAGUUCACGGCGCGGGCGUUCGGGGAGUACUGCGCCGGCAAGGGCAUUCAGCGCCACCUCACCGCGCCGUACACGCCGCAACAGAAUGGCGUGGUGGAGCGGCGGAAUCAGACCGUGCUGGGGAUGGCACGGUGCAUGCUCAAAUCCAUGAGUGUACCCGGGCGGUUCUGGGGCGAGGCUGUGACGACGGCAGUCUUCAUCCUCAACCGGGCACCUACUCGAGCUCUGAACGACAAGACGCCGCAUGAAGCAUGGUAUGGCCGCAAGCCCGCAGUUCAUUUCCUUCACACAUUCGGCUGUGUUGCGCAUGUGAAGGUGGCCGGAGGCCAUCUGCGGAAGCUCGACGAUCGAAGCACGACCAUGGUGAUGAUCGGGUACGAGCCGGGCACGAAAGCCUACCGGCUCUACAACCCGGCGACGGACCGCGUGCACGUCUCGCGGGACGUGGUGUUCCAGGAGGGGCGUGCUUGGAAGUGGGACGAGGAUGGCACGGCGAGCACGGACGGCGGCGACGACGACCCGUUCAACGUCGAGUAUGAGUACGUCUACACGCCUGGCGCGGCGGCACCUGGAGCAGCAGCAACACCGCGCGCGGCAUCGAGGGCGCCGAGUGUGACAUCGAGCAGGCCGAGUGCGGCCCAGAGCGUGGUGCCAAGUGCACACAUAGAAGCUGCAGCACCGACGGAGCAGGCUGUGGGCGGAACACCUGCUCCACUCACGCCAAGCGCUCCGGCCACACCACCUGGGGUGGAGUUCGUCUCACCACCAAGCCGUGGCAUCGACCUCGACGCCGACCAUGAUGACGGGGCUCCACUGCGUUUCAGGAGACUGGAUGACCUUCUCGCUAGCACCAAUCCAGUGGAGCAGCAGGAGCUGAUGGUUGGCCGUGGGUGAUGGGGAACCGGCCACGUUUGAGGAAGCACGG